GGCUGUUGUGCCCGAAUUUGUGUAGAUUCUCUCGCUGUGCAGCCGUCUGCAACCAGGAGCACCGACUGAGAGCUUUGCUCUGAAGCAGCUGAAGAUUUCCUGGUGGGCUGAAGGCCCCGCCUGAGAACCGCCUGCCCCUUCAUUCAUUUCAGAAGCUUGAUCAGUGGGCCCUCCGCGCUCCCUUCCUUUGUCCUCCUCCGGCAGUUCCACAAUGAACGAGGCACAAGAGCCCUUGGCCAUGACUGUCCACCUCCUUGCCAACUCGGGGCACGGCUCGCUUCUGCAGCAAACUCUGGACCAGCUCCUGGACUGCAUUUGCCCAGAGGUGCGUCUCUUUCUGGUGUCAGAGCGGGUCAGUCCCGUGAAAUACUAUGACAGGUGUCACUCCAAGAGAUCACGGUUCCCCGGGAUGUCUGUUUUGCUCUUCCUGCAAGAAAGGCUCGGAGGAGAGCGGCUGUUUCGAGUUCUUGACUCCCUGCAGCACUGGCCAUGGCAGUGCUACCCUGCCCAGAAUGCGCCGGGAAGACCGUGUCCUUAUAUUCUUGCCAAUCAGGAAUUCUACAGUCUGGACAACCAGAUGCCCGUCUGGGGUGUGAGGCAGGUGCACUGUGGCACCGAGAUCCUGAGGGUGACGCUCUACUGCAGUUUUGAUAACUACGAGGAUGCCAUCAGACUCUAUGAGAUGCUCCUGCAGAGGGAGGCCACCUUGCAGAAGAGCAACUUCUGCUUCUUUGUUCUCUACGCCACCGAGAGCUUUGCUCUGCAGCUCUCCCUGAAGCAACUGCCUCUCGGAAUGUCAGUGGACCCGAAAGAGUCUUCGGUGCUGCAGUUCAAGGUUCAAGAGAUCGGCCAGUUAGUGCCUCUUCUACCCCAUCCAUGUGUCCCCAUCAGCCGCACCAGGUGGCAAACACAGGACUAUGACGGCAACAAGAUCCUGCUGCAGGUCCAAUUGAAUCCAGGACUUGGUGUCAGGAAUGAUGAGCUUUCCUUUCUGAAUGGCGCCUCGGGAGCUGACACGAUUCCCCAGGGCUCCAGGCUGACCUCUGCCUCUGCAAGAAGGACCUUAGAGCUGAGAAGCCGAAGGAGCCAGGGCAGGAAGUUCAAGGAGGAUUCCGUGGAGCACCCUGACCCCAGCGGGAGCCCAGCGUCACACAGCCCUAGUGGCACUUCAUGGAAAAGUCGUGGCUGCUCGGUCCAGGCCAACAGCAUGGCCAUGGGCACCCAGCUGCAUCUGCCUUCUCCCCACCUCGACCCUGGGGCCAGAAUGAAGGUCCUCAGCUGGGAAAACAGUUCCGAGAAACUGGAGGCAGAGACGAAUGUUGACACAGGGUUCACCAUGGUCAGUUCUGAACCCAGGCAAUCUUUUCUGAGCAGGUUUCCAGGGCAUCUGCGGACCAGCCAGCCACCAUCCUGCUUGCCACCCUUCUCCUUAGGGGCGGCUGCUCCCAAAACCAGCAGAAUCUUUAAGGAAAGUGUUCAUCCUUUGUCCCUUGCUGGCCCAAGGGACCUUGGAGCAAGGAAGAUGAUCUCAAAAUGUCCCCUUCAUCUGCCAGUCCAAGGUGAAGAAAAAGAAGAAGAAGAAUUCUUUAUAUAGCAUAAAAGAAAUGUGGUUUUCUAAAAUGCAAGAUCAGAUAGAAUGUUCUAGAAAUGGAGCACUGACUCAGAAUCAGCCUGUGUCUUGUUCAGCUGAGGGAAGCUGAAUGCUGGCCAUGCAUAGAUCUGUACUGCUUUUAUUUCAAAUGCUCAAAGUCUAACAGUGCCGUGGUUGUUUAUUUGCUGUCAUGGUCAUAAGGGAACACAGCCAACCCUCCAGGGAAAAGCCCAGUGCCUGUGUCCUUGGAGACGCACUAACCCAGCUGGGUGUGUUGAAUUUGGCACCCAUCAGGAUAAUUGCAUUGUAUGCAAAUGAGUCAGAUGUGCAACACAAUGCUGAUUAGUGUAUGUAAUUUGGUUUUAAUUUUUACUUAGAUUGCAUAGCUCAUCCCCCUGGACAGCAUGGACUAGUUAUUCUUUAGUAUUUUUUCAUUUUUAUGUGACCUCCUUUGGUAAAGAGGCCCCGUUCACCACCUACACUCUAGAGAUUUUGCCUUUAAAACUGUUUGCCUCUGGAAUGAGUUAACAUGCAAAGUGUUUUGAAAAUUACAAACAAUUUAUUUUUUUCAUGUUUAAUGAGCAGAAACCCUGGAAGCCAGAAAAUCAGGUUAAAAAUGAAAGCUAGGCCCUAGGGUUUUCCUGCUUCAUUUCUCAUUUGCUUUGGCACCGCUCCAAUGGGGCCAGUGGUUCAUGUUAUUAACAGAGAGGAAUGUGACAUGACUGGAAGAUUCGAGAUCUCCACUGAGUAGGGCAGGAAGAUUGGAUUGGUUGGAUCUCUGGAGCAGAACUUGGAUUCUUCCGACCAUGUUCAAAUUCCUAAAUUCCUUUGCAAUAUUCAUUCAUUCAUUCAUUUAUACAUUCAUCCAACAAGUAUUGAUUGAGCGUCUAAAUUUGAAUAAGACAUUGAUGUAUGGUACACAUACCUUCUAUGGCCAUCAAGCCCAAAAAGUGUUUGUGGUCUCACCAGUGUGAUAAAUCCAUUCUAUCAACUCUUAAGAAUAUGUUGAAGUCCAAACUCAUUCCUCUGGGACCUUUUUCCACCAUUGAUUCCCACAGCUGCUGCACCAGGCUGCAGUAAGCAUUCGCAGCCUGCAGAUGGAGUCUGAGUAUACCAUAAAUUACAACUAUACCCUUAAUGGACAAAUUCUCAAUUGCUCCUCUCUCUCAGCAGCAUAUUUUGGUUGGGUCUAUACAGACAUUAAAAAAAAUCUGAGAUCUGUGUUUCAGUUAAUUGAUAAGGCUGUUCGACUCCAUGAACUUCAUUCUCCAGGACAGAUGUUACGUAGACUAUAAAUGCUGAUUUAGCUGGAUCUUUUGGCGACUCUGAUACUUAGUACACCCCACUGGAGAGGAGGAUGAGUUCAGGCCUAAAGACGAAUCUUCUGGCAGCGAGACUGGGCUGAGCUGGGGUGCUCCGCCCCGCUGAAAGAACAGAGAUGGACAGGAGUUGCAAUGGACAAAGAGAAGCCUUCGAACUACAACUUCAGUAUAUUCUCAUUCUCAUUUUCUUUCUCUCCCUCAGAUUAAAGUUAGAUCUUAGAAAGUGGAAUGAAGAACUUAAUUUUGGUGUAGUUUUCUAUAAUAAGAGUAAAAAAAAGUGAAAGUCUUAUUGAACUAUUGAACUGCCUUGAAAAGCACAGCAAGGGAAGUUCUGAAAUUUCUCUCCCACUUUUUUUGAGGCUACCUAAAUUUCUUUAACAUAGCUCAUGGGUAAGAACAUAAGUACAUGGAAAUUAUGAAGAAUACUGAGAAAUUUGAAUGAGUACCGUACAAAAUUGACUUGUAAAAUAAGGCACUCUUAAAAUGCUACAUAUUCUAUCCUCCUUCUCAACACGGGAAUUUGAUUUACCUGAUGGAUGGAAAUUCCAGUGGGGGAGGUGGGAGAGGCCCAGAUCGGGGUCUCAGCUUUUAAAUUUACUAUUUAUGUGACCUUGAACUGUCAACCUGUUUGAUCCUCUGUUGCCUCAACUGCUGUAAAAAAGGUUGUUAGGAGAAUCAAGAUUAUGCGUAGGAAAGCAUGUGGAUAUUGUUAAGUACUAUAAAUAUGUAAGAUAGUAUUAUUACAAAUGGUCCUUCAGACCCACAGUUUUUAAAAUAUCAUGGCAACAAAAGAUUGUUU